AUGCCUCUUCAGAUGUUCCUUCGAUCUUUUUCCAUAGCCACCAUAUCUUCUAAGAGAUACCUUUUGAUACCCUCCUUGAAAUUGUUGUCAUUCUUCGCGAAACCAGGCAGGAGCUACCUUUUCAACGUGGAUCGGAAUCCCGUCCUCCAUGGAAUCCUCAAGAAGACUUUCUACAACCAGUUUUGUGCGGGAGAGUCGAAGCAAGAGACGAAGGCUUGCUGCAAGUCUUUGAAAGACCUCGGUUUUAAAGGAACCAUCCUCACAUACGCCAAAGAGAUGGUGUUCGACCACAAGAGCAAAGCAUCGAGCUUCCACGCUGAACAAGCAGCAAAAGCAGAGACCGUAUCAGCACAUGAUCCCGUGAUCGAAGAGUGGCGCGUAGGAACGCUCGCCACGGUCGACAUGAUCGAUAAAGGCGACAUCCUCGCACUCAAGACUACCGGUGGCGGGCCCGCGGUGGGAGAGGCCUUCCACAGAGGCGAGCUGCCGCCACAGCAGAUGAUGGAUGCCCUCGACGAGAUUGAAACCAGGUGCAAGGAACGCGGAAUCCAGAUCAUCGUCGACGCCGAGUCGCAGUACUUCCAGAAAGGCAUCGCUCGCACGUCGCUCGAGCUGAUGCGCAAGUUCAAUCGUGAGCCCAAAGUCGUCAUCUACAACACAUAUCAGGCGUACCUAAAGAACCAACCCAGGUAUCUCCAGCAGCAUCUCGCUGAGGCAGAGAAAGAUGGCUUCACGCUCGGCUUGAAGCUCGUUCGAGGCGCUUACAUUUCGUCUGACGACCGUUCUGUGAUCCAUAAUACAAAGGAGGACACUAACGCAGCGUACAACGGCAUCAUGGAGGGUGCCCUCCAGCAGAAGCUCUGGGAUUUUGGUGUCUCGCGACCGUUCCCGGCGCUCAACCUACUCCUUGCUAGCCACAACAAGAAGAGCGUCAUCACGGCACAGCGAUUGCACGUGCAGCGGGAAAAGAGUGGAUUGCCUACAGUGCCGGUUGCCUUCGCACAGCUGCAUGGUAUGUCGGAUGAGGUUGGUUUUUCGCUUCUGAAAGAACAGUGCGCAGAUGGAAAGGCACCAGAUGUUUUCAAGUGCUCAACUUGGGGGAGCAUGGGGGAUUGCGUGGCAACCCUAGGCAAUCUAGGAACAUCCAUAUUGAAAAGUUUGAUCGAGGCCUCAGAAGGCUCCGAAGUCCAUUUCACGCAUUUCAUAGCCUGUGUAUACAGUGCUGCAUCGGAAGAACGGUUAGCAAAGCGCUUUCCCAAGGAGAAAGAGUCUGGGAAACUUGUCAUCUCUCGCAACCAGAACGCACAUGCAGUCUCAGAUGCCUCAGUCGUGAUUCUAGGCGUGCAUCCCGCAGACGUUGAAGCAACUCUAAAGGACGACGGCGUCGCAGCGGGUCUCAGGGGCAAACUUCUUAUCAGUAUUGCCGCAGGUUGGUCGCGCGAAAGCCUACAAAAGGUCAUCUCCUCUGCCCAAGGAUCACGAAGCAUAGAUGAGAGAACAUGGGUCCUCCGCACCCUUCCCAACGUGGCGGCGCAGGUCUCCCAAUCGCUCACCGCCAUCGAAGACCCAGAUCCAGACAUGCCUCACAAGCACAUCAAAACUUGCGAAGCCAUCUUUAACCAGCUCGGCCGCACGGUGCAGCUCGCUCCGAAACUCAUGGCUCCCGCAUCUGCCGUGGGUGGCUCGACACCCGCCUUCUGGGCCAUCAUCUGCGACGCCUUUAUUGAUGCGUCUGUUGCAGUGGGUGUCCCUAGAAAAUCUGCGCAAGAGAUGAUAUACCAGAGCAUGCGGGGCUCGGCGGAGAUGUUGCAGAGUGGAAUUCAGCCAGGGGAGUUGCGGGAUAUGGGGACGAGUCCGGAGGGGUGCACGAUUGGGGGGAUUAUGGUUAUGGAGGAGAUGGGGGUGAGGGGCGCGUUAGGAAAAGCGCUGAGGGAGGCAGUCACGCUUGCACGUUUGAUGGGCAGCGAGAGGGAAGGGCUGCAUGUUAAUGAUACGAGGGAGAAUACGGGUAGGCAGUGA